GUUCCAAAUAAUAUUUCUAAUGUUACUCUAUUAUAACGCUAAGUAUAUAUUUGAUCAAAAAGUAUAUAUAAGAGUUGUGAAUAAUUUUCUCAUUCACAUUAUUUGUAAAAUUGUAUCUUACGAGAAAUAUGUUAAUAAUACUAUAAACAAACGUCUGACAGCUGUCCAAAUACAUUUGUGUGUCUGUGGGCAUUUUAAAUUUGAUGUCACUUAGGAUAUUUUCGGUUAAAGGUUACAGCUAAUAAACUUGUGAUUUUUUGCUGGCAGUUGUGUUAUUACUUCAGGUGAAAGUCGGGCUGUGAUUGGGUUUCGCGCCGUCCCCGAGCUUGCGGAGGCGAUAUGUUCACGCCGAAGAGCGAGAAGCAGGCGGAGAGCGACCCGUCGCGCGAGGCCGUGCUCCGGAAACUGCGGGCCCUGCACGACGAGCGCAGCGCAGACGCCUCCGUCAGCAAGCGGGCGCGCAAGGACCCCUACUCGCAGUCCAGCGUCACAGACACCCAGUGCAAGUUCCUGGUCGGCGACAAGAAGGUGACGUUCAAAGAAGACAAGAUUUUUUUGUCGUCCAUGAGCCCGGUAUUUUGGCAGAUGUUUAAUGGCUCGCUCAAAGAGAGAGGCCCCGUGCACAUUCCAGACAUCGAUCCUGAUACGUUCACUAUAAUGUUGAGGUUCCUGCACGAGGGCAAGUGCCACUUCAAGUCCAAGGGCCAGGCGGCGCUGGCGAUGAACGCCGCCGAGAAGUACAUGCUGCCCGAGCUGAAGCGCAAGUGCGCGCGCUUCCUGCAGCCGGAGCACUCGGAGGACCUGUGGGUGGCGCUGGAGUGCGGCACGCUCUACAACGUCGACAACCUCACCCUGGCCGCGCUGCAGGUGAUUUCUGAAAAGACGGACGUUAUUCUGAAGCACCCCAUGUUCCUGGGCAUCAGCAAAGCCUCGCUGUUGGCCGUAGUGAAGAGCAAGUCACUGUGCGACACGUCUGAGAUACAGUUGUUUGAGGCGACACUCGCGUGGGCCAAGGCACAGUGCGAGAAACAAGGGCUUCAGUGCGAUGGCCACAACCUGCGGCAGCAGCUGGGUGAAGUGCUGCAGCACAUCAGGUUCCUCGUCAUGGACUCUGAGGAGUUCAACGAGGUGCGGCAGUCGGGGGUGCUCACCUUGGAGGAGAUGGAGGAGUACGAGGACUACACCCGGUCGCGCGGCACGGACCGGCCCAAGCGUCUCUGCCCUGUCGCCAAGCCGCGCAAGAAGGCCGAGGAACAGCGAGGCUGCUCUUUCAUCCGCAUCAUCUUCGCGACGCGCCCCUACUUCCUGCACAACAGCGGCAAGAUCAACGUGCUGCGGGAGCGCUUCUCCAUCGCCAACACGAUCUACCUGAAGAGCGUGAUCGUGUCGAGCCAGGAGAUAAACGGCGCGAACCGCGGCCGCAGCUACCUGGAGGACAUCCGCGUGCGGGUGAACCGCUCCGAGGGCAAGUACCGGGGGCAGGUGGCGUACGGCCGUGAGAUCUGCAUCCCCCUGUCAGAGCCCGUGGAGCUGGAGGAGAUGAAGUGCUACAACUUCUACACGCUGUUCGGGGCGCGCGGCUACUACCCGUGCUACACGGCACGCGUGUGCUCGUCGUGCGUGCUGAAGAGCGAUGAGCCGGGCGUCAUCAUCGGCUUCGAGUACAGCAUAGCCGACGAGGAGCUGCUGGACGUCAGCGCCUUGCACCACGUGUCCUUCUGAGCGUCAGCUUGAAUGCACACGUCUGCGGAAACGGCCAUUAGCAGCGCUGAUCCAAGUGCCAUCACUAACUUCAUUACACAAUUUACAUAUAGAUAAAUAUAUUUAUAUUUAAAAAAAAUGCUAUUAUGGUUGUAAGACCCAAAAAACAAAAAAAUAUAUACAGUAGAAUCCCGCUGAUGCGACCCCUCACGGUUCCCGGAAAAACGGAAUUAUAAACGGAAUGGUCGCAAUAGAGAAUUCGGGGUGUCACCGCAUCGUCGGAUACAUCGUGUGAAUGCCGCUCGGGCAGUGUCUAGCCGAGCUCGGUGCGUCCACUAUCGCACGAAAAGCUGUCUCAGCUGUCAUGUUAUCUUAACCCGCCCAGACGAAAAGCUGUCUCAGCUGUCAUGUUAUCUUAACCCGCCGGCACAAAAAGCCGCUGUGGUAGCUUUUGCGAGAGCAUAAGAAACAGGUCCGGCCAGCAUCCUCCUCCCCUCCCACACAGCGUGUGACAAAAAACAGGUUGUAUAGUCCAUUCUCAGUAAAAUAAAUAUUUUUAUGGGCUUAUACGACUGUCCUUCGCCGUUAAUAAAUACUUAAUAAGUUAUUAUGAUACAAUUUGUUUAUUAGUCACACAGCAGUUUCUGCUGAAUAAUCACUAAUACCUCAAAUUUUAUUGAAUAGAAAAAUUUAGCAGGGCCGUAAAUAUAUUUAUUUUACUGCAUAGUUACUUUUCCGUCUGCAUUCCAACGUUUUUUUUUUUUUUCUUUUUUUUACGCAGUGAAGGGCCGUGGAAAAGAUAACUGCUUGAGCUGUCAAAAUAAACAUCGCUGACGGCAAGGACGGGAGCGCAUCCUGUCGGUCUGUCGCUGUGAUUAUCUACUCCGAAAACAUGUCACAGCAUUUCAGGAUAGCAUUGUUCUUAUAUCUUUCGUUUUUAGCCGAAUGUUUUCUACCUGAUCCACACAAGUUCCUUCGCCACGUUUUGAAUGAAAAUAACCACCAACUGGCUAGCAUAGUCGAACUCGCGUGACGCGAGUUCACUUAGCGCGAUUGUUCGGGGUAUGCGAGUCCGAGGUGUAUAGCAUAAUUCCACGCAUGUGCGAAGUCUGCGAUGUUAUAGAAAAAUAGCCGAGAACCAAACACCUGGCGACGUCGUUAACACAGUGAACACAGCUUUGUGUGGCCAGUGACAGCUGGCAAGAUCACAUCACACUAACCAGUCGCAAGACAAAGGCACGGGACCUGGACGGCAAUAGACGCGCGCGUAGAUGCUAUCAGGUGAUGCGCGCCGGUACUGGCUAGCGUGGACAGUCUAGAGGGGUGGUAUCUAUUUUUAGCCGUCUUUUGUAUGCCUGCCUGAUUGCAGUACAGCGCUCGCCAAGAUAAACACAUAGCGCCCAACAAAGUGUAACAGACUUGUUUUUCAGCCGAUUUUACUCAAAUUUUCGACUUUCUCUGCUCAAAUUUUUCACGGUUUCUCAAAAAACGGUCGUAUAAACGGAAUGGACGCAUCAGAGGGGGGUCGCAUCGGCGGGAUUCUACUGUAUAUUCUUUAAACUUAAGUAAUUUGUUCAAUUAUAAAAGAAUGAACUACAACUCUGUAUAAAGUAAUUUUUUUCAACAAGCUUAAAAUAGAAUCAAGUAAUGAAAAAAAAAACCAAUUAAUUUUUGAAAGGAAAAAAGCAUCAUUUUCAUAAUGACUAUCCUAAAGAAUAUUAAUUAGUGAUUGAAAAUUUAAGACAACUAAUAUCAAGAAUCCAACGCUUUUUUAUCUCAUUAAAAUUAAUGGUUUUGUUUAUUACUUGAAUCUUAUUUUAAGCUUGUUACAAAAAAAAAACUUUAUACAGAGUUGUAGUUCAUUCUCUCACAAUUGAAAAAAUUACAUAAAUUUAAAGAUUGUUUACUUUUUAGUUCAUACAGCAAUAAAAGCAUGUUUUUUUUGUUUUUUAUAUAAUAAUUUAUUUUUUACUUUUUGACAUGAAACGUUGAAUAAAUCGAUGAACGCCGGCUGCAAGCACAAAAAAGGAUGACUCAUUGUCCCGUUACGCUCAUUGUCCCUUUACGCUCAUUGUACGCUUGCGCCGCAUCUAUCUCUCUUCCACUCUAUUUGAUCAACCAUCGAUUUGACUUUUUCGAGGCACAUUAAACUUGAAACACUCCCAUUUGUUUCCUACUUUUCCUAUCAUCGUCCUAUCCUUAACAGAAUAACACAGAUUGGAAAAGGUUAAAUAGCAAACAUGUAUAAAAGUUAUAGUUAAAAUAAUCUGUUCGUUAAAGUAAAUAACAUACUUGAAUUAAUGAGUGCAAAUAAAAGUAAAUUUAUCAAUUAAAUGGUAGAUUUCAUUUCACUCCUUCUUUGUAUCCAUACAAAAUAGUGAUAAUUGAAUAAAAAUGAUUAAUAUUAUUCAUAAAAGUAUGCAAUCAUUUCAUCAAUGUUUUGUUACGACGUUGUCACGUUAAACUAUCGUCCGUAAACCGACUUUACAGACAACCAAUUUUUUAUUCAUAUUGACAUACAUUUUGUAUACAUUUCUUAAAUGUACCUUGAAAUCAAUUGUCAUAGUCCCGAAAGUUUCAGGGCCAAUAGACCACCUUCCCCCAAGGAAUCUGAUGGUGCCGGAAGGCCUCGGAAUUACGUCUAAUAUCAACGUGCUUCCAUUUUACCGUCUUUUAAAAAAUCUGGUGCAAAUCACCUUCCCCAUGAAGGGGAGAGGGGAGGGGAGGGGAGGUCCCCAAAUGCCUCGGAAACACCCUAAUUUCAAAGAGAAUCGAUUUUGGAAAUUUUUGAUAUUUUGUGGCUUUGACCCACUUUCCUCCUCCCUCCUCCUCUGCGAGGGGGGCAGUCGACUUUGGGCAAAUCUCUUACAUUACCCAGCCUCAUGGACACACAAGAAGCAUGGUUAUUGCCAACAGCUCGAAAGUAGUGGUUUUUUGCCCCUAUGACGACCUCCUUUCUCAGUACAAGUCUUAGUCAUGAAAUUAUCGUGUAGUCAUGGGAUCAUAAUAUUCUUUAAAUUUAAUUAGUAUGUACUCCUCAAAAUGUACUAUAAAAUCAAGUUUCAAAAUUUCCCUCAACUUUUGGGGGCAAAUGACCUCCCCUUGAGGAGGGGGGGGGUAGGGGGCAUUUGAACCCUGGGAACUUUUUACAUCACCCCCAGUCUCUUGAAUCGAAAACACUCCAGAUCAAAAGAGAAUCUAUUUUGGAAAUUUUCUGUAUUUUGGGGUGUUAACCUCAAGAUGGAGGGAGGAGGGCAGUGGACCCCCAGGCAUAUUUACCACCACCCCCAGCCUCAUGGAUAGACAAACAAGCAUGGUUAUUGCCCAUAGCUCGAAAGUUGUGGUUUUUUAACUGUAGCUCAAAGGAAGUUGAUUUUUGCCUCCUUCCCCCCCCCCCCCCCCCUCCUUUUUCCCUUUCAUCUGGUCAUAGUCAUUAAAUUAUUGUAUUGUCAUUAAAUUACACAUACUUGCAAAGUUUCAAAUUGAUACUUAAAAAAAAAAAAUGCAGAAUUGAAUUUUAAAAAAGUAUAUAGCACACAUUAACAUGAAACUUCAUAUGUUUUCCAUUUCAAUUAAACACUCAAGUCAACUGGUAUUUUACUGUCCCACAAUUCAAAGCACCAUUGAUGGUUUGCUGCGUGAUUAAGGAGAAGUGUCUGUCUUCAUUUGUGUUUCACUAAUGCAAGCUGUUAGUACAUACAACAUCCCAAUAUCUGUGUUAAGGCUCUUGGAUAUACUUAGCUAAUUGUUGGUGUUCCAGCUGUGAUGUGUUUUCUGCUGAAACUCUAAAUAUUGUGAUGAUUAAAAUUCACAAUUUUUACUUUUUGAAAAGGGGGGGAAAAAAAAAUCUUUUUUCAUAAUAGGUACCUGAGGAAGUGAUUUGUGCAUAAAACACGUCCCUUAAAUUAUUAAGACAUUUUUUUUAAUGUUUCUAAACGUGUGUUUGCCAUCACAAAAAAAAAAGGCUAUGUGAAAAGUUUGUGAAAAUGUGUAUUUUGAAAUUUCAUAAGUGUUAUGUUGUGAAAAUUUUGAUUACUAAUUUUCAAUGUGAAAUAGAACCUUUGAAAUGUUAUUUAUAACUAGGUUAGUAAAUCAUUAAAUAGUCAUUUUGUAAAGAAAAAAGAAUAAAAGAACAUUUUUAAUGCAAAAACAUAUUUUUACCAUGAGUGGCAAUUAAGGCGAUUGGUGCACGGUAAAAAACGGUCACAGGCCCGAAAACAAUGAAUUUUGUAUCAUAUGACCACUAAAGAGUCUAGAUGCCUAUGUGGGUGACCGUUACUAUGUAGGGAGGUCAGGAGCUUAGUUCCAGCUCGUCAGUGGCGAGAUGGCCUUCAUACGGGAAGGGUGUCGCUGGUGGUCGCUCUGCGGCCUGCCAUCUAGCGGGAACUAACAAAACCUCGAAGGUUGUAUCUCGCUCUCCCUCUAACACACAGCCGAUAAGGUUCUAUCGUACCCGGAGGAGGGGAAUGUUUAUCAGGUUUCUCUUUCACUCAUUCUUCGCCAUGGGGAGGCGGAAUGGAUUAUUUUUUGUCCGCAACUGCGCAGACGUCAUGUGGCCACUCCCGCACUCUUCUCACUCAACUCGCUCAUUCUCUCACACUAUUUCAAUAAAUCUUUUCAAAUCUUCAACAUCAAUACUUUAAACCAUUGCGCUUCCUACGGAUUAAUUAUAUUUCAUGCAAGUGCCCGAAUUCAGCUGCAAAAAAAUAAAACGCGUAGUAAAUUUUUUUCUUCAAAAACCUUCCCAAACACUGUGUGUUAAAAAAAAUUCUGAAAGCCCAUUUUUCUAGAUAAAUGGAAAUUCUAAAUCACCUACGCCACAAGGAAACAUUGUGCUUUAAUAUUAUGUAAAGAAAACACCUCUUAGUUUUAUAGUUAUGUAAAGGUGGUGUGAUAUGUUUUAGAUGUCGCACCAUCUUAUCAUCCAUGUAGAAGAGUUACCCGAAAAGCUAACAAGACUAUUGCCAUGGAAAUGGAAAUAUGUUUAAGGAAAUAUUUUUCAAAUGUUUGUAAACAGUAAACAACAUAUAAAAAAUCUUAUAACUGUAAAAUUAAAAUAUAAACAACCCUAUAGCAAAUUUAAUUUCAAUAUGAAAAAGUCUACAAUAAUGUUUACAAGAAACGAAAUUGCAAUAGCAAUACAAAAAUAUCACAAUUUUGUUACAUUGUUAAUAUAUAUAUUAUUUUUAAUAAAGGCAAUAAAAAUGACAUACUCAAUAUUUGGAAUACAAUAAAUACCUUAAGCCCUACAAAAUUGCUGCGAUAUUCACAAAAAAUGCUUUUCUUAAAUAUAGUAAUUAAAAAACAUCGUAAAUAAAUUAUGAACAUACAUAUUAUGGUGAAGGAAAGUGGACACUAUCACACUGAAAAAUCUUAGAGGGUAGUUUUCCUCAUCUUAUUUCUUUCUUUGCGUUUUUGGUCUUGUUCGUUAAAAUAUUUCAUGUUCAAAUACUUGAUACGCAUAUACGUUCUUGUCCUGACAAAACAGUAUAUAACUUCUUCUGGAUAUUUAUUUUCAGUAGUUCCGCAAAUAAUUUUAGUCAGUGAUUCAAAAAUCCGCUCUUUUUUGCACAAAUUGUUGCCAUGAAUAUUAUCAAAACACAUUUCAGUGAUCUUUAUUAAUUCAAAAAAUUCAUUAGUGGGACAUUUUCAGUUACCCUUUGAUUGUACAUGUAUCCAGCUAUCGUCCUCCGAAUUGAAAUCCGUAGUGCCAAGGUCAGGAUAUUUAUUUCUGAAACGGUGAGCUAUAUAGCCAGAAACAUAUUUCAGCCCUUCAAGAGAAAUUUCGUCGCUUGAAAGGGGCUGGCCUCCAAAUCUAAGUCUAUUUCUUCCAUGUCAGCAAGAUCUAUUUCAUUUAAAGGUGAUUUCUCUUGAAAUGUCUUUGUAAAAUACAUUUCCUUGCACAAAAGUAGUUCUGUAAUUUCAUUCUGAUAAGCACUGUCCUGUUCCAUUUCAUUUGACGAAAAAUCACUUACCAAACACAUUUCGUCUGUCUUUUCAUCCGUGUUUUUCCGUUCAGCAAAAACUGCUGCAGAAUGUUUUCACAAUAUGUAGUUUAUAAUUCUGUAUUUAAAGUAAAUGGGCGACAGAUGCGUAUUUUAUUACAUGCUUUAUAUUAGCUUCACCUGUAUGUUUCUUUGUCUGUCCGUCUGUAACUCUUUCGACUAAGAGUGAGUGGCUCAUCACUGUAAAAUGUCCCACCAAUUUCAUCAUGUUCGUUAGCCGAGUGGUCUAAGGCGCGCGACUUCUGAGACGUCAGCUUACGGAUUCAGCGAUCGUGGGUUCUACUCCCGGCCACGCCGGAAAAAAAGAAUGUUUUUUUUUUCUGGUAAAUUCUAAGAUUAUAUCCAUACAUCUAACUGUAAAUGAUUCGGAGAGACUUUACCAUUUCUUUGUGACGUUUCAACUCCAAAUAGUUAUCUCAGAUGGUAAUAGGUAGUGUCGGUAACUCAUUUCCCUAUGAUAAUUAUACAUAAAUAUAGUUUAAAAAACUAAAAAAACAUGCUUUUAAAGAAUAUCAAACUAAAAAGUUAAAAAUAAAUAUAGUUUAAAAAACUAAAGAAACAUGCUUUUAAAGAUUAUCAAACUAAAAAGUUAAAAAUAAUUUUAAAAUUUAAUUUAUGACAAUAGUGUAUAAGCAAUACUAGUAUAAAUGAGAAACAAACCUUGGGCCGCUUAAUAUACAAAAAAUAUGGCACAAAGCGCCUCAAGCUUUUUUUCUCAUUUAUACUAGUAUUGCUUAUAUACUAUUGUCAUAAAUUAAAUUUUAAAAUUAUUUUUAACUUUUUAGUUUGAUAAUCUUUAAAAGCAUGUUUCUUUAGUUUUUUAAACUAUAUUUAUUGAUGUUCCAUACCUCUAAUAUACGGACAGAGAAAAAACCACUUUAACACAUCUUAGUUCAGAUUAACUGUUAACAAAUAUUUAGGUUAACAGGUCCUAUACAUAUUUCCGAAUGUUUUACUGACUGAGUUAUACUGGACAUUAAUUAUAUUGAUCGCUGAUAUUUAUACUUUUGAACGAAAUUUUGAAUUUAUUAUUUUAUGUAAACUCUAAUGCGUUAAAAAGUGUAACGCAACACUACACACAGGUAGUGAUGUCUAGUGCACUGCCCUAUGCACAUUAGUUAACAAAAAAAUAAAAUGAAAUAUUAAUUACUGAUAAAUAAUACCUUGAUGUCAUGAUACAAGUAACACAUGCUUAUCUGAUAUUUAUCUCAAUUAGAAUACGAAAUAGGAAGAUAAAAUAACUAACUGAUUUUAAGACUGAUUUAUUACUUGCACAGUACAGUGCAUUUUGAAGACAAAUGGGUCUUAAGAAGCGAAAAUCGUACUCGAUUAAAGGAUGGUAUGGUGUUCGGUAUAUUAAGGUUUCCCUCAAAGUAACGGUUUCAGAAUGCUUUUAAGAUAUUAUUUACAUCCCAACAUAAGUUUAAAACAUUUCUCUUAAGAGUGUGCUUCGUAGCAUUAAAAAAUGUGCCUUAAUUAUUUUGCAAAUUUAUCAUUGUUAUGGUGACGAUGUCAGGGGUUUUCGUAAUUUUUUUUUAGAAAUAUAGUACAGUAUUAGCAACUACGUUAAGAACUGUUAUUUUAUUCACACAGAGAAAAGAAAUACAAAAUGCUAAAAUUUGGCGUUUGUCUUUUUAUAUACUUUAUAGGUUUGUUAUUAUAUGUGUGUUGUAACAUGUAUAAAAAUGUUAAAUAUAUUCAACAAUAUUUGGUAAUUAUAUAUAUUAAAAAACUUUUAUGUACGCGACUUGAAACUACGUGAAAGGUUUUCAGUCUAUAAAGGCCUAUUCUAUGAUUAUUUAAAAUUAUUAAUUCUUAUGCAAACAAUUAAUAAAAUUUGAAGUUUCUUACAUUGUCAGUAUAUGCAUAGCAUUACAGUUAUUCCAAACAAUUCUCUACCAGUGUUUACCUAAGGUUUGCAUGUUACGUUGGUUCUUCUACUAAUACACGUAUAUUACAAGAGGUUUGUAAUAGAUUAAAUGAGGUAAGUAAGAAUUCGUUUUUAUAAACGUUGUGUAUGAAAUUAUAAAUUUUGAGAUGUAUAAUAACAAAAAGAAGUGCGUUCCGAAGACAUGUCGGUAGUGUUACCCACUGAAACAUUAUUCCCACUUCAACUCUCUGUAAAAAUAAAAGUAUGGGGUUGAAUGCGUCAAAAGGGGUAUAUAAAUAAAAUUUGAGGCUUCUUCCUUAUUUCAUACGCUAGUGUCCCCCACUUACAAUUGCAAACAAAAAUUUUUCCUCGAUGUUGUAAUUUACUCUGCGCAAUCACAAAAAAUGUUGGCAGUAAAUAAGUAUUUAAUUUUUAAAAAUGAAAGCAUUCAUGUUUCGAAAAAAAUAUUAAAGCGAUGUGGGGAAAAAUGUUUAUAGAUACUCCAGUAAAAUUUUCAGUUUGAUUGUUUUGAUAGUUUCGGAGCUGUUGCGAGUUUAGUUUGGAGUAUUCUCGGCCGCGCGAGGCGAGUUUGGCUCUUUUUCAUUUUCUUCCAGCGUAGGAAGCCGAUACCCGGCAUUCUCUGCUGGCCUUCCCUUGUCCUCUCCAGAUGUAUUACUGUAUAUUAGCUCCAUGAGCACGACCUUGAAGUCCCUUCGUUUAUUCGGUCUCCUCUCCGUCAUCCCUCUACACCCCAUUCUUCCCCCUCCCCACCCGCAGGCUGCGGCCCGCCGGCCGGAGCUCCGCCGGACUACCUGGUUGCGACAAGCGCCGCCCUCAGCGCCACGUCGCGGGGACAUUCUUCCCGGCGGCGAGAGUUUUACACGCAGCACUAGAACUGUCACUCCAGAGGGCGUGUUUUGAGUCGGAUCGUAUCAAAAACAAAAGGAUAUUAAAAUAUAUACAUAACUCAAUAGUGUUCUGCCAAUUAUGUUUUCAUUUUCAUUUCAAUUUAUUCUUUAAAUCGCUCCUGAAGUAGUCCAGCAGUGAUCAAUGGAAAUUGUCAAUAUUAAACUGUAAUUUUGACGAUGAAAAUUUUUUCUUCUUACUUUUAUAUGUGCAGAAACCUAUUCGUACACUCGUUUCUUGAACUAUACUUAAGUUUAACAUAAUUAUGUGUUUUCUAAAUAAUUCUGGCUUGGAAUAAAAAUAAAUGCAUUUAAAAUGACAUAACUCAGUAAAAAAAAGUUUAUUAAAAAUAUCCUAGGUAUAUUAUGUCUUAAAAAGAAGCAUCAAAAAUAAAUAUGUAAAGUUAAAUUAGUUUUGUCGUAAUAUUUUCCAUGCACCAAUCGCCUUAACACGUGUUUUUUUAAAAUAUUAAUACCAUGAAAUGGACUUUGUGACAAAAAUAAUUCAAUUUAGUGUGUGUAUAAAAAAAUAAAAUAUAAUGUUUUGUUGCAACUGUCUAGUUCAUGAUACCUUUGUUUGUUUUUCAUUGUAGCUCAGAUGUUGGGCAAUUUGAGUUUGAGUCAAAAUUGUAUAAAUAGAUUUUGCCAAGGAAUCAUAAUUAACCUUUGAUAAAAUAUGAAAAACAAAAAAAUAUGCAAACAUAUUAAUUUCAUUUCUACAACAUUGACAAUAUAUGAGAUUGUCUAUAUUUUUAGGAACACGGACAGUUUUUCUAGGUCUACCUAGCCAAGUAAAUAUUUUAAAUGUAAAUCUAGCAAAACAUUAUGUUUUUUUUUUUUAUAGAGAAAUUUCAAUCUGUGCUCUGCACAAAGUGAAUUUGUCUUUUGCAUUUGAAGAAUUUAUUAAAAGCUAUUUCACAAAUUUAACUUUGAAUUCUAAAACAUUUUUGAAGUGCAACUUUUUUGGGCACCAUGGGAGUAAAAUUUCAAGGCCGAAUUUUAAUGCAACGUUUUUGUGAAACGUUGAUUAUUUUUUUCCUAACCUAACUAUAAACUAAGUACUAUAUUUGGAAGGGGUCCGGGUUAGAGGGGAAACUAAAUGCGUCUUACUACGAAGCCUAUUCGCUCUUCACAUGCAGGAGAGGUAGCAAGCAUUGUUGUGAAACUACUUCCGACGCUAGUGGAUUGCGGACGGUGCAGAGACAGUUCCCUUGAGCGGACUCCACGUGGCGGCGUGCGGCUCAGGUUGAACCCCGCCAUGCUGCAGGGAUAGGCGGGUCGCGGCGGUAGCAAGUUCUUUGAAAAACUAAAAAAAUUUUCCUUGAAAACCUGGAAAUGUGCAUGAGAAUAAAACUUAUCGAAGUUGAGUUACUUGUUAAAAUGUGUAAAAUUAGUAGUUAGAAUUGUUAUUGUGCUAUAGCAGGGGUCCUGAAUAUCUUAAUAAAACAUAAUAUUUACCAUUAAUUAAUCAUUAUUGGUUGAUAUACGGAGCAGUUAUUUUCAAAUGAGUAAUAAUUUUGUGAAUUCGUGUUUAUUUAAAACAAUUGUCUUCUUUCUCUCUUUUUCUCUCGCUGCCAUUUUACCCCUUACAAUAUACUUAAGAGUUGAGGUUUGAAAUGCCAUAGAAGUUUCUCUUCUGUCACAUGUACUGUGUUACAUGUGCUACUUUUUUUAUUUAAUUGUUUUAAUAAAUAUACAUUAAUUUUCUUUGAGAAUUUUGUUUA